AACUUGUGAAUUUCCCAAUAUUUAAUUAUCCAAACUAAAUAUUAAUUAUGUAAAAGAAAAGGACCAAAACCUAAUACAGAUAAAAACUAAAAUGGUCCUAACUGAUGUAGUAAAAGACAUGGAAAAUGACCAACUAGUUGAAAUUGAAAUAAAUGAAUGGCUAUUUAUACACCAACUCAAUAGUGUAUACCACCAUAUAUUCUUAAAGAACACACACACACACACACACACACACACACACACACACACACACUAGUGAAGAAAUAUGAAUCAUGAGUACAAGGGAUCAGAUGAUGAGAGGAGAUGGUGUUAUAAUCAUCCAAAAGAGUUGGUUGUAGGAAUAUGUGCAUUGUGCUUGAAUGAAAGACUCUUGCUUCUUCUAUCUUCUUCUUCUUCUUCCAAGUUUGCCCAUCUUCACAAAACACGCAAGCAUUGUCGUCUCGCUCUAGCUAACAUCUUUGCCCUUACAACUUUGCUCGAUCGUCUCCACUUUAAACACCGUAAAUCCGAUCGCUAUUGUUGCCACACUUCAUCAACUACUCCCGGAGACUCAUUCAUAUCAAUAAAGUUUGAAGACAAUGGUGUUGCCACAUGGGACAAGGACAAAAAAUCGAAAAUGCCACAUCACCAUCACCAUCACCAGCAGCAGCAGCAAGACAAGAAGAUCAAGGCUAGUAGCGUGGUGCCCGAUAACUCAAAACCACGAGCUGCGCUGAGGUGGCGGAAGGGGAUUGGCCAAGUCUUCCAGCUCAUCAGCUGGAAGAGGUCCAGCAAAGGCAAUAUGUGCCAUGUGGGCACAAAGCCUAUUAGAAGGACCAAAGCUUAAAAUUGUGGGUGGAUAAGGACCCCAAAUUAAAAGGGCUCUUUUUCUAUACAGAAAAGGAACCCUUGAUGCUUUAUUUUUUAUUUUUUAAUUAAAAAAAAAAAAAGCCAUGUUCUUGAAAUAUUCAUCUGUGCACAAAGGCAUUGUCAUUUGUAAGCCACGUAAUUAACUUAAUUAUAAAAGCCAUGUUAUUUCUGCAAAGUAA